AUGUCCAAAGCUCAUGCUGUAGAGGAAAGUUCGUCAAAGAAUUUGAGCGAAGAAGAUGAGAAGAAGCCAAAGAAGUCGGGGACCAAUCAUGAAGAAGAUCAGUGUAAAACGCCUGUAUCUCAAGACCAAAAAAUCCCAGCUCCUCAAACCUGCCCACCAGCACCGAAGAAACCAAAAAGAAGAGGGAUUUCACGUAAGAGGAAAUUGUCCAAGUUGCAGUUCUUUGAAAAAACUGGACAAGAAGAGGUAGAAUCCUUUUUCCAAUCUUCUUCUUCUGAGAUGUCUUCUACUACUAGUAGCCAUGUUGCACCGGAAACCGCCGCAGAAACUCAAACUACAAGUAGUAAGAAUAAGAAGAGACGCAAAAGUUCAUGA